UUGAAUUGCACAAGCUUCUGUUAAGGAACUAGUGUUUUGUAUGCAAUCUUUAUUAAUCGCUUAAAGCUUCUAUAGUCCAAAUGCACAAUCUCAAUCAAUUCAAUCAUCACAGAAAUAAAGAAGUAACAGAAUAUGUCUGAAGUCCUGUACUGCUUGUUGGAUGUAAUUCAAGGUUUUGAGACGGGAUUCUUGGAAUACUAUGUGUGAGACAACGGGGAUAACAUUGGAUAAUGGCUUGUCAAGGAAAUGAAUAUCUUUGGGUAUUACUCCUUACAUACAUGACGGUUUGCCAACAAGUAUAUGGAAGUGUAAAUUGAAGACAUCCGUCCUGAGAUGGCCGCCAGCGUCCCUGAACACAGAUACAUCUCGACUUUCUGCUUAUGAUACGUGUAGUUAUUCUUAGACAGCCCAAUGUUACAGUAUCAAAUUUUGGCUUCAACUCUGUCAAUAUUUCCUGGGAAGCAGAAGAAAUUACAGAAAGGGGAGAUUUUAGUGUUUGCUAUAAGUUAUCCUAUCAAUUUCUGGAUAAAGAAAAAUGGCUAGUAUUGACAACAAAGUAUCACACUCUAAAACUGCGCAUGCAUUCUAGACUGGUGGGGUCAGUAUCAAAUGCACUUUGUGAUUCCCCCGACAUAAAAUAUCAAAGCAAGCCUGCAGAAUUUAUUUACAAUGCCCCACAGGUUUACAUCACCAAUGUGUCAUGUAUAUUAUUCAACAUAACCAGUCUAAAUUGUUCCUGGACCUUUGGAACAGAUGCCCCUGAUGACAUCAACUACUCAUUUGCUUUGAGGUUAAACGCUAAAUGGUUUGCUUGCCCACACUACUUGAAAGGACAGAAAAAGAAUGUUGGCUGUUAUAUGAAAGAUGUUCUUUCAGGCUGUACAGACACAUCUCUGAAUAAGAUAAGGAUCGGUUUUUUUUGUGGCUCAUAUAAUUUCUCAAAAACAUUCAGGCCUGAAGCUGUAGAAAUACUUACCCCUCCAAGAAAUAUUCAAGUGUUAUCUGAAAAUGGGAAAAUUAUAAUAAAAUGGUUUCCACCCCCAAGUAUCGUGAUCAGUGGCCUUGAAGAGGGAAUGACGUCUACAUAUUAUGAUGAGGAAGAGGGUAAUUUUCUGUAUGAAAUAAAAUUAAUAGAGGACAAGUCAAAGGUAAUAUUCAGGCAAUAUUACACUGAAAAAGAAGAACAAAUAUUUACUGAUCUGGUAAAGAACAAAAAAUAUUAUGUGCAAAUAAGGGCUCGGCACAGGCAGGAAUUCUGCAAAUUAUGGGGAGAAUGGAGUGUACCAGUAUUUAUAAGUAAAGAUAAUACCGUCUUUCCGGAAUGGAUUUUAUUUGUGAUUGUACCCGCUUUCUUUGCUGCUAUUGCUUUCUUCUUAUGUAAAAGAUAUAUGAAAAUACUGCUUCUUAAACCAAUUCCGCAUCCAUCUCAAAAUAUCAAAAACUGGUUGUAUAUGAAUGGAGAAAAUGAUUUAAGAACACAGGUUACACCUUAUGGAGCAGAUUUAUCAAUGUCUUCCAUUUUACACCAGUGCGUCAGAAUGACAACUACGGCAGCCUGGCAGAAAGCUAGCAGAUAGUAAGAUAACUGUCGGGUCCACUAGCCCCACCCCUCACCUGCUAUACCCUAUUUUUGGGAAAAUAGCGAGGGCUAAAUAAAAAUGCUAAGUGUGACAACAUUUAUUGGUAGUGCUGUUUAAAGUGAUGGAUAGUGAUAGAGUGUGUGACUUUUUUAUGCCACAAAAGUGAUGUGGUAGGAAUAAUAAAUUUCCCCCUAUGUACUGUAUGUUUCCCCCAAAUUGCACUUUCUUUGUUUCUUACCGUGCAGUACUGUAACUUUUUUCCUGUUGUUGUGACAGUUUUAUAUGACUACUGCAAUUUAAAAAAAAUAUAAGAAAAAAUAAGUUACACUUAAGUGUAUAGGCUGUAAAAGAAAAAGUAGAGGCUGUAAACAGUUUGCGAAUAAAAAGUUUCCCCAAUGUGA